UUUGUUUCUUUGGCCAAUCAGGCGUUCUUUCAAUGCUUCGAUCACGGACUUGAUCGAAUCAAUCGAGCCAGAGUAACUAUUUGAUUGACAAAGUACUUUAAGGUGUAGCGCAGACGAAUUUUGGCUUCGACUCUUCAACUCAUCCGAUCAUCACAGCUGUCACGAUAUGGUUGCCGCAAAAUGGCGAAAAUUUGUGUCUGAUACAACCGUUCACGGUCUUCGUUAUGUUUUUGAAAGCCCUUCGAGAUUUCGUCGAUUGAUUUGGCUGCUGCUUCUCUUGGGUGCAAUCGCGAUUGACAUCUACCUCUUGAGAGAAAGUGUCCAAAAAUACUUCUCGAAGCCUUUUAACACAGAAUUCACAGAGGUUGUCCCUGAAAAUGGAGAAGUUUCGUUUCCUGCAGUGACAAUUUGUAACCUAAACCGAUUCGUCAAACGGAAGAUUAAUAUGUUUGAGAAUGACGAGGACUUUCACAAAAUGGGGUUAAAUCUCUCUGCGUGUGAAGUCGUAAAUAAGGUAAACAAAUCCAUGAGUUGUGGACAAGGGCUACUGUGUGCUUUUGAACAAUUUGGUUGGGCACUUGCAGAGAAUUGCAAUGAGAACAUAAGACAGCAAAUAAUUACUGCCCUUAACAGGACAAAAGAGCCAAUUUUCAACCCCGAAGAAUUUAUAGGAAAUUUCGGACAUGACUUUGCCGAAAUGUUUCUUCAUUACUGUCGCUUUCCAGUGUCUCAGAAUUGCACGAGUGCCGAUUUUCACCAAACACUCACCAAAAAUGGUCGCUGCUUUACCUUCAACUCCGGGAAAAACGGAACCAAAGUGCGCGGUACAAAACGAGCUGGAGUAUCAGGAGGUCUCAGUGUUAUUUUAGAUGCACAGGCCUACGAAAACACUGUGAGUGAAUUCUCACGCGGGCUACGAGUUGUCGUACAUGAUCCAGGAGCCAUUGUAAAUUUGGAUAAAGGUUUUAACGUCUUUCCUGGAUCACACACUCUUGCAAGGAUAAAUGCGAUAAAGCGUGAGCGUCUUCCCUAUCCAUACAAGUCUGACUGCACAAGGAGAGUCCUUCCUAAAAUACCGCGUUACAGUAGAGAUGGCUGCUUCAUACAAUGUAAAGCAAAUGUUACCUUAAAAAGGUGCGGCUGUAGAGAGAUUGGUGUUCAAGUACCAUCAAACUCGCCGGUUUGUACAUUUCAACACGAGUUCUGCGUGGAACAGAGUGAAGAAUCGCACAAUCCUUUCAACUGUUCAUGCGAUAUUCCCUGUGAGGAGACAGAAUACCUGAGCCAGGUGUCUUACUCGCAAUUCCCAGAUGAUGGCGCAUCCAAGGUCCUAAAAUAUAUGCACGCUUACAACAAAAGCAUAAAACAUCAGAGGGAAAAUUUAGUGUUCCUCCAAGUUGGAUUUCAGCGUCAUGGAUAUACUCUGAUGAAAGAAAGUCCAAGUUACAAGAUUGGAAGCUUAAUGGGUGAUAUCGGUGGGAAUAUGGGUCUUUUCCUGGGCUGCAGUCUAUUAACACUUUUUGAAUUUGUUGACCUGGCUUGGAACAUCUUGGAAUAUCAAGCGAACAAGAAGAAAAGUGUUUCCCAGGAGAAGAUGGGAAAUGAAGCAGUAUGAAACGAUCUAAUCAAAUGAUAUUAGAAACUUAUUACUGUUUAUAAUCUAACCAAUAUUUUUGCGCGCGUGUGAUAGGUCAUAACGCGUUACAAGACCGAAUAUUCUCCAACCAAAACUGGGGAUAUCCUAGGAUAUACCCCAAGUGAUAUUCCCCAUUUUCAAACUCUUACGUCCAAUACGGAAAACUCUGCGCUCAAAAUUUAAUUCAAGAUGAGAAAUUGCUGAAAGAAUCUGUCCCAAUGAUUUAUUAACACCAUCCGUCUCAACUAUUCAGAACUUACACAAUUACAGAUAUGUUCUUUGCAUGAUGAUAUUUACACUAAUGUAUUGAAAAUUUUAAUUAAACCAAUCCUGUUAAACGGUACCAGGUACAUGCAAUCCAAUCAAACUUUACCUUCUAGAUCCCUCUUUAAGAAAAUUAACGGAAAUAAAGAAAAACAGUCAAAGAAACUUCCACAAGAUAUUCUUCCCACCUACAAAAAAUCCUAUUCAGAAUAAUAAUACACACAAAAUUAAUUUAGACUGCGGUAACAUCAAUCAAAUGUUGAUAACUAAGCGCGAUAUUAUCAGUUAUAUUUAGAUUAUUAUAGUAAAAUUGUUAGCCAUAUGAUAAUGAUCAUAAUGAUGGUAAGAAUACAACCAACAUUACUGAGGAAUAACGAUGAUGAAAACUGGAGAUACAUCACCAACAAAAUGCGAACCCUUCGCAGAUAGUUCAAAUUGUGAACAAUGGACUGUAGAUGACCAUACGAGAUAACAAUGUAAGGAAAUAAAUGUUAUGACGGUC